ACACCAUAAACUCGAAUGUCUGACACGUGCAAAGGGGCACUUGAAGGCAGCAUCACAUGUAAACAUUUUAUAAGAAAUCAUGGCUGCGCCGUUGGUCAGAGUUUUCUCAAAGUCUUGCAGACAGAUAUCUCGACCUUGGGGGGCAUGCCAGGCUGGAUGGAGGAGCGUGUCCAGCAGACUUGCCCCAGAUGUGGCUUCAGGCCAGGCAGCUGGGGUGGUCUCCUUUCCUCCCCUUCAGACAUAUUCAGAGGAGGAGAGCAUGAUGAGGGACGCGGUGAAAAAAUAUGCACAAGAGCGCAUUGCUCCGUUGGUGUCGAAGAUGGAUGAAAAUUCUGCCAUGGACGAUGAAGUGAUCAAAUCUCUCUUUGAACAGGGUCUCAUGGGCAUUGAGAUUGACCCAGAGUACGGUGGCACAGGUGCCUCAUUCUUCUCCUCCAUUCUGGUCAUUGAGGAGCUGGCAAAGGUGGACCCCUCUGUGGCUGUGCUCUGCGACAUUCAAAACACACUGAUCAACACACUGUUUGCCAAACUGGGUACGCCAGCUCAGAAGGAGCAGUACCUCAGCCGGCUGUCUACUGACAUGAUUGGAAGCUUCUGCCUCUCUGAAGCAGAGGCGGGAAGUGAUGCCUUUGCUCUGAAGACACGUGCUGAAAAACAUAAGGACUAUUACGUCAUCAAUGGAUCCAAGAUGUGGAUCAGCAAUGCGGAGCAUGCAGGUGUUUUCCUCGUGAUGGCCAAUGUGGAUCCCUCCGUUGGAUACAGAGGCAUCACCUGCUUCAUUGUGGACCGGGACACGGAGGGGCUGGAGAUUUGCAAGAAGGAGAACAAACUCGGCCUGCGCGCGUCCUCCACCUGCCCACUCAACUUUGACAAUGUCAAGAUACCUGAGAAGAACAUUUUGGGACAGAUUGGUCAUGGGUACAAGUACGCCAUCGGAAUGUUGAAUGAGGGCAGGAUUGGAAUUGCAGCUCAGAUGCUUGGGCUGGCGCAAGGUUGCUUUGACCACACUAUUCCUUACACCAGACAGAGGGUGCAGUUUGGAAAACGUAUCUUUGACUUCCAGGGCAUGCAGCACCAAAUAGCCCACGUAGCAACACAGAUUGAAGCUGGUCGGCUGUUGACAUACAACGCUGCUCGUCUGAAGGAAGCUGGGAGACCUUUCAUUAAGGAGGCAUGCAUGGCUAAAUACUUCAACGCAGAGAUUGCAACUCUAACCACAUCUAAAUGCAUCGAAUGGAUGGGAGGGGUAGGCUUCACUAAAGACUACCCCAUAGAGAAAUACUACAGAGAUUGUAAAAUUGGUACCAUUUAUGAGGGCACGACAAACGUCCAGCUGUCCACUAUGGCCAAGUUCAUCGAUAAGGACUAUGACUACUGAAACCAUUUCAACCAGUUUCACGUGUGUGUCCUCAAUAUCACCAACUUUUCCUCUUGUUAAGUAGUUCCCACUACUGAUGUUACUGAUGUUGUUGUUAAUGAUAUUGUUUGUUUCUUUUCUUCUUUCCAAAAGUCUAGGAAUAAGUUUGUCAUGUGUAGAGCUCUACCACUUCACCCAUAUCCAUAUGUUGCAAUAUGAGAAUGAAUUUUUGAAAGAUAUUGAUUUGGUAUUUUCUGCGACUGUUUCAGUGCCUUCAGAAGGUCUGCUAUGACUGACAUCAAUAAUGUAAAGUGUGUUUUCUUUGCUCUAGAACAGGUGGAUUGUAACAGUUCUCUCACUAAUAUGCUCCAUAGAUACUGUACAGCUCCUUAUCUGGGAAGUGAUUUCACGUCAUUGACAUUGAAAUUAUCUGUAAAGAGUUAUCUGUCAAUAACUCUGGCAAAGAAUAUUAAUAAAUGUGAAGUAUGCUGCAUUGCAAAUCGAA